AUGGAUUCAGGGGAUGAAGACUGGGGUUUGGAUGAGAUGGAACAAGAAGAUAUGGAAGAGCAUGAUAACAAUCUCUAUGACAAAUUUGAAGACAUUGUACAUAGCUUGAGUGAAGAGACUGAACCCUCUUCUCAGUUAGCUUUGCUUAUUGAAUUCUGUGAAGUUUUGACAUUUUUCACCGAGGAUUCAUUCUCCAACAGCACAGAAUUGGUAUCUCCACUGCUCGUAGAGCAUGCAAUGAAUCAGAGUAACCCUGAUGCAAUGCUGUUUUCGAUAAGGGCCAUGACCUAUAUAUGUGAUUUGUAUCUUCCAUCAGCUGAUCUUUUUGUUGAACAUGAUAUUGUUCCUACAUUAUGUCAAAGAUUAUUUGCUAUUGAGUAUUUGGAUGUUGCUGAACAGUGCAUCAAAUUAUUGGAAAAAAUAUCGAGAAAGCACCCAAUUGUUUGCUUAAAGGCUGGAGUAGUUAUGGCUGUUCUCAAAUAUAUUGACUUCUUCUCAACAAGCAUACAGAGAGUGGCUAUUUCUACUGUGAUAAACAUAUGUAAGAGGCUUUAUUCUGAAAGUCUUUCUCCUUUCAUGGAUGCUGUCCCUAUAUUAUGUAAUCUUCUUCGGUACGAGGAUCGGCAGCUUGUCGAGGAUGUUGCUACCUGCUUGAUGAAAAUUGUGGAUCGAGUUUAUCAUUCUUCAGAAUGGCUGGAUAAGCUUUGUAAACAUGAAUUGAUUCAGCAGGGAUUGGUAGGAUUGCUUGUUAAACUUUCAUCUGGAUCACUUUUAGCCUUCAGUACUUUACAUGAACUUAAUAUAAGCAACAUACUGAGAGAUAUAUUAUCUACAUUUGACCUCUCACAUGAACUGUCAAUGUCACAGCAUAUUAGUGGACACUGUGAUUUGGUAAAAGAAGUACUCAAACUGCUAAAUGAGCUUCUCCCUGACCGGGCUAAAGAUCAGACUGAUCAGCUGUUACUUCACAAAGAAUCCUUUCUAGUUAAUCACCCAGAUAUCCUGCAAAGGUUUGCAAUGGAUUUGCUUCCCACCUUAAUCAAGGUGUUCAAUUGUGGGGCGAGUUUGUAUGUUUGCCAGGGAUGUUUAACUGUGAUGUACAAGAUAAUCAGUUUCAGCAAAUCUAGGAUGCUUGUUGAGUUGCUCAAGAAGGCCAAUAUUUCUAGGUUAAAUAAGCCUUUUUUGGCUGGAGUAUUCACUCAACAGGAUCCCCACAUGCUAAUGUUAGCAUUACAAAUUGUUGAGAUAAUCCUUAAAAAAUUUCCAAAUAAAUUCCUAAAGUUAUUUUUUAAGGAAGGUGUCUUUUUUGCCAUUGAUAUGCUGCUAAAGCCCGGAAGAUCUUCAAAAUUGAUGUGUCCGGUGUAUACUGGUACUCAGCAGACGUUGGAUAGUCAAAGAUCAUCCUCAGGAGAGACCAAGUGUUUAUGUUAUGAGUUUUUAACUGGCCAAACUCCCACAUCGUCAGAAGCCAGAAAUUGCAAGAUUGACAAUGAUUCUGUUUAUACUCUUGCAAAGCGUAUAAAAAGAAAAUACUCAGCGCCAGAAUAUUCUCCUUCUGAGAAAGGAUUGACUGAUAUUUUACCAAGUCUAAAAGCACUGUCUAAAGAUUUGUUCAGCAUAUCAACUGAUGCUUUUACUUUAUGUGAAGAGAAGACCAAUAGUAUAUUGUAUCAAAUUAUGGACAUACUUAAUGGAAAGGAACAAAUUUCUACUUUUGAGUUUAUUAAAAGUGGAGUUGUGAAAUCACUUGUUGAUUAUUUAUCUCCGAGUCAGUAUAUGAGGGACAAAAGGAGAAUACAUGGUAUUUGUAAUGAUAAUGCCAUCUUAGAAAAACGGUUUGAGAUUUUGGCUAAUGUAUGCUUUUGUGCUACUCAGUCUCUCUCCAAUGAAACAUUCCUUUCUAUAUUAACCAGGCACUUACAUAAUGUACUGAUUUCAUUGGAAGCUUUUCCUGUUAUUCUAACUGGUGGAGCAAAACUGAGAAGUUCAUUUGCCAUAGUUCCUCAUACACGUCCUAUUCCCUACCCUAAUCUGAAAAUACGAUUUGUCAGGGAAGAGGGAGAGACUUUCCAGAAUGACAUCAUUGAGGAUUUUCUUACUGUUGACCCUCUUGCUUCCAUACAUUCUAUUGAAGGAUAUCUUUGGCCAAUGGUCAAUUCAACGCAUGCCGGAUCAUCAAGUACAAUUGAAAUGUCUGGAACAUUGGGACACACUGUCAUGAUGACAGAUCUCCCUGAAUUACAGGUUUAUGCUGAAGAACAUCAAAUGAAUGCACAAAGAAAAAUAAAACUAGAAAAACAGGAUCGUGUUCGAAGCAAUGAAGCUACUCAAAAGCUUGUCUUUUAUUUUGAAGGAGAACCUCUGGAUCAUAAAGCCACUCUCUAUCAGGAAAUUAUUCGCCAUAAAAUAAAAGAAAUUGACUCUUUUUCUACUCUAAAAAUGUGGAAUCUAGUGCAUAAAAUAACCUACAGAAGGGCUAUAGAAUCUGAGGACAUAAUACUUCCUGAAUGUCAUUCUUCAUCUCAGGAUUUAUCUGAUGAUAAAGUUUUAGCUUAUUAUCAGAAUACUCAUUUUUUCUCAAGCACGCUCUCUUGUCAACUUGUUCAUGAUCUGGAGAAGUCAAGUCCAAUUAAUUAUAUUUUGUUUCUUUUCAAAUGUCUGGAAAACAUGAACCAAAUUGUACUUCACCUUGUGUCCCGUGAAAGAAUAUGUGCUUUUGCCAAAGGGAAAGUUGAUGACCUGGAUAGCCUAAAAGCAACAGUUUCUUCUAUCCCACAAAAUGAGUUUGUAAGCACUAAGUUGACAGAGAAACUAGAGCAACAGUUGAGAGAUUCUUUGGCUGUCUCCAUUGGUGGUUUGCCAUUAUGGUGUAGUCAAAUAAUGACUUCAUGUCCUUUCUUAUUCAGUUUUCAGACAAGGUGCAAGUACUUCAAAUUAAAAGCAUUUGGUCAGUCACAAGUUCAGGCUCACGUGUCUCACAACAGUUCAGGGGCAGUGGUUGAUAGGGGACUGGGUCCUGGUGGACUGCCUAGAAAGAAAUUUUUAGUUCAUCGUCAAAGGAUUUUGGAAUCUGCUGCACAAAUGAUGGAGCUGCAUGCCAGUCACAAAGUCGUUCUUGAAGUGGAAUAUGAUGAAGAGGUGGGAACUGGUCCUGGACCAACUUUGGAAUUUUAUACCUUGGUGUGCCACGAGUUCCAGAAAUCUGGUUUGGGCAUGUGGAGAGAAGACACUAACAUGCAUGCUGAGGAACUGAGAAUCAGUUCUUUUUAUGGACUCUUUCCUCGGCCAUGGUCAUCAAUGCAAGAUACAUCUGGUGGCAUACAGUUCUCUGAAAUUAUAAAUAAAUUUUUCCUUCUAGGCCAAGUUGUCGCUAAAGCAUUUACUGAUGGAAGGAUCUUAGAUUUCCACUUCUCUAAAGCUUUUUAUAAACUUAUUCUUGGAAAGGAACUCUCCCUAUUCGACAUACAAUUAUUUGAUCCUGAGCUUUAUAAGGUGCUGCAAGAGUUUCAGGCUCUAGCUAUGAGGAAAAAUUUUAUGGAAUCCACCAGUGGAGGGAAUUCUGAUAUUGUGAGCUUUCGGGAUGCGAGAAUUGAAGAUCUUUUUCUUGAUUUCACUCUUCCUGGGUAUCCCGAUAUUAUUCUUGCUUCAGGGACUGAUUAUUCAAUGGUAAAUAUGGGAAAUCUAGAGGAUUAUGUUUCACUUGUUGUGGAAGCAACUGUGAGGUCUGGAAUUUCAAGACAAGUGGAAGCUUUUGAAUCUGGAUUUAACCAGGUUUUACCCAUCGACCAUAUUAGGAUUUUCAAUGAAGAAGAGCUUGAGCGCAUGUUCUGUGGAGAGUCUGAUUCCUGGGCUAUCAACGACCUUCAAGAUUUCUUGAAGUUUGAUCAUGGGUACAGUGCUACCAGUCCUCCCAUUGUCAAUUUAUUGGAGAUUCUCCGAGAGUUUGAUCAAGAACAGCAACGAUCAUUUCUACAGUUCGUGACUGGAGCACCACGACUUCCACCAGGAGGGUUGGCAUCACUCAAUCCAAAGUUAACUGUUGUCCGAAAGCAUUGCAGCAACCAGGAAGACACAGAUCUAGACCUACCUAGUGUCAUGACUUGUGUUAAUUAUCUCAAGCUACCUCCGUAUUCAACAAAAGAAAAAAUGAAAGAGAAGCUGUUAUAUGCCAUAACAGAGGGUCAAGGAGCUUUCCACCUUUCGUGA